UCGACGUGAUUCCACGUAAACAAGGGAAGUCGUUUCGCAAUAAUGCCGCGUUCAAAACUGGAAGCUCGGAACUGGUAACUCGGAAAUCUUUGACCUCCGACUUCAGUGCGUUCAAAACAACUGUGAAUUCGGUAAAAACGAGCUCCUACUGGGAAAAACGAUUUGACCGGUCAUCCAACUCAGAAUUCCAACUCGGGCCUAUUUCUAGAGCUCUGACUUUCCGACCUGAAGAUCACUGACGCCAUGAUUUGAUCUCGUAUUUCCCUGAGUUCCCAGUUGUUUUGAACGCGACAUAACCUUGUUAAGCGACGCGUCACUAUAUUGGUUGGUGGAAUAUUUCACGGAAUGCAAUACACUGGAAUUUGCUUUCGAUUCCAUUGAAACGUUGCACGGGAAAACGGGUGGGACUGGGAAUGGAUCACGUGAAGCACACAGGCGCAUGCCAUUGUGGGGCUGUCAGAUUCGAAGUCUGGAAUUCCCCAGACCUUCUUGUUUUCGAUUGCGAUUGUAGUAUUUGCACCAAGAAGCAGAACCGUCAUUUCAUUGUACCAAAAAAUCAGUUUACCCUUUUACAGGGUUGGGACCAUCUGACCACAUAUACAUUCAAUACACACGCUGCCAAGCACACAUUCUGUAGGAUCUGUGGAGUCCAGAGUUUCUACACCCCACGUUCCAAUCCUGAUGGAUAUGGCGUAGCUCCUCACUGUCUGGACACAGGUACUGUGCGCAGUGUGACAGUAGAGAAGUUCUGUGGAAAGAAGUGGGAGGAGAGCAUGCAGAACCACCAGACUAUCAAAGGCAUGUCCAAGACAUAGAACCAAGCCUCUUGCAGACACACACAGCUGAGAUAGAAACAAACAGUCCCAUAUUGUAUUACUGAGCCAACUGUUUGGCUCAGUAAUACAAAUCAACUUUCCCCAAAAAAUCUUAAAUAAAAAGACCAAACCUACUCUGUUUGGUCACAACCAAUC